AUGCCACCUUACGAUGAUUGGAAUCGAAUCGACGACGAGGAAGACGAUGAACUACAAGAUGAUUAUCUCGAGGCCAAACGCGACGUGAUCCUCUUCUGCAUUGAUUGCUCCGAGUCAAUGUUUGCACAAAGGGAUGACCCCCGCUACGAGCCGGGUGAGGUCAAGACAUGUCACUUGCAAACAGCUCUCGAAGCCGCGGUCGAAAUUCAGAAGAAGAAAGUCAUUGUCGGUCCAAAUGAUUCCGUUGGGAUAUUGCUAUUCAAUACGACAAGGAAAACUGAGGUGAAGCGGUCGGACACUACGGAAAUCAAGAGGCACACGUACAUUUACCAGCCACUCGAGCAAAUCAGUGCUCCUAAAAUACAAGAAGUGAUGCAGCUUUUGGAUGCUACCAGGGAGAACCCAGACGAAUUGCGGGAGGCGUUUCCUCCAUUGACUGGCAAGAAGGUCCCAAUGGGAGAUGUCUUCACGAGCUGCAACUGGGUCUUGCGUGACGGGUAUGCUCCUAAAACAGCGUCCAAGCGCAUCUUCCUCAUUACAGAUGACGACGAUCCGCACUCUGGCGCCGGAAGCGAACAACUUCUCAGAUCUGCUAAAACAACACUGGAUGACCUCGUACAAACCGGAGUGACAGUCGAACCGUUCUUCAUCAGUACCGACGAACGGUCGUUUGAUGUGGCCAAAUUUUAUUCACAAGUGCUCCCAAACGGCACAACUAACGGUGACGAAAAUGAAGAAUCGUCGACAUUGCCUGAGUCCAUUUCCAUCACCCGCAUCGAUGACCUGCUCGCCCAAAUGCGGUUCCAUGAGGUGCCCAAACGCGCUUUGUUUAGCAUCCCAUUCGAACUUGCGCCGGGGUUCACGAUAGGUGUAAAAGGGUACGGUUUAGUGACGGAGCAGAAGAAGGGCAGCUACAAGUAUUUCGUCGAUCUAGGCGAUAGAAUGGAGUUGGUGAACUCGACGACCCGAUACGUCGACGAGGGUACUGAGACGGAGAUGGAUAAGUCCAAGAUCGUUUAUGGAAUGUCGAUCGGUGCGACCAUAGCAGAUGACGACGACGAUAUAAGUGGUAUUGGGACCAGAGCAGUUCAAGCUGGCAAGCGGCCGUUCUACACGGCCGAGGAAAUCCGUUCGUUCAGGACAUUGGGACUGGAACCAAAGAUAAGGCUCCUGGGGUUCAAAGAUCGUGAAACGCUGCUAUUCGAGGAUAACAUCAAGCACUCCAACUUCAUAUAUCCCGACGAACUCAUAUACGCAGGAAGCAAAAGAACCUUCAGUGCGCUCAUCAAAAGCAUGGUUUCAAAGAAUAAAAUCGGACUGGUGCUCACGCUUACGCGCCGGAACGCCACACCGACCUUUUGUGCACUUCUACCCCAAGAAGAAAAGGAAGACGAUGCAGGCUGGACAGACCCCCCUGGUUUCCACUUGGUCCCCCUGCCCUUUGCCGACGAUAUUCGCGCGGCUCCUAUUGAAGAAGCUUGUAGAGCAUCCGACGAACUGAAGGAUCUCGCAAAGGCAUGGGUCGAAAAGCUUGCUGUCAAGAACGGCGCGUAUCCGCCCGAUUCGUAUCCCAAUCCAGCGCUUGCGUACCACAACGCGCAACUACAAGCCAGCGCUUUCCGCGAGGAAUUCGACGCGGAGUCGUUCGAGGACUUGACCGAACCGAAGGUGGAUGUUAUGCAUAGGCGGGCGGGAAAGCUCAUAGUAGCGUGGAAGGAAGCACUACUCGAAGACGACUCUGCUUCAAUGGUGCCUGCUACGACGGGAUCGAAGAGGAAGGCGGAUGUCAACGUCGCUGAGGCUGAAAUUCGGAGCAAAUGGGAGUCUGGGACGUUAUCCAAGCUACGAGUUGACCAGCUCAAGGAAUUCUUGAAGAGCAAAAGUCUUGCCGUUUCAGGCAAGAAGGACGACCUCAUACAACGUGUCUCUGAGUGGAUGGAAUCUCACUAG